UGACACAGUACGUCACUCCAGUUCUCCGCCAUUUGCAGAUCAAAAUGGAUCGGGUUUGAUAUAUUGGACAGACAACAAUUUUAUAUGAUCUUCAGAGAUGGCUUCCAAAAGGAAAGCUGCAAGUUCUAAGGGAGCUGAAUCAGACGAAGAAGCAAAUGGUGUUGAUAAUUCAGAUGCGGACCUGGAUUCCCUGCCAGAAGGUACAGUUGUUGUGCAUCCUGAACCAGUAAAAAAGAAAGGAUCAUUCAGAGGACCUGAAUUUCGAUCAAAGAAAAAAGAAAAGAGAGACUCAAAUACAGAUUUCAGUUCUGGAAGUUUAGGUAGAGUGUCCUGUACAGCAUGCGGAGAACAAAUUAACAUCCAUAAGACUGGCAGUGUCAGAAAGCACCCGGAGCUCCGGGUCUUGGUCUGUAAGAGUUGCCACAAGUACCACACCAGUGGUCCUAUAUCUCGGGAUGCGGAUGGUCUAGAUGAACAGUGUAGAUGGUGCAGUGAAGGGGGAAAGCUGUUUGGCUGUGAUUUCUGUCACAAUGCAUUCUGCAAAACUUGUAUCAUAAGGAACUUGGGAAGAUCUGAAAUUAGCAACGUGACAGAGGAUGGAAAAGAGUGGAAGUGUUAUGUAUGUGAUAAUACUCUUCUGAAACCUCUGCGGGCAGAGUGUAGGAAAGUUCUAGAUCACAUUGAGGCAGAGAACCAAAAGGUUAAAGAGAAAGCCAAGACCCCAACCAAUGCCACACCUAAAUCAAGCAAUCCCAAGGAGUCCAAUGAUUCCAAAAAAGCUGCAGCUGAAAAACAGCAAGACAACAAACCUAAAGAAGGCAAACAGUUGUUGAAGGUACUAACGAGUAGCAAUCCAUCCUCUAGAUCCUCCUCUCCCAGCGAGUUCCAGAAAGCCAUUGUUACCAAGCCCCAUGCUGGCACUACAAUCAAUACAGAGAGAGUUGUAAUAGAUCCCAAGACUGGUAAUACAACUAAGUUUGAGAUGGUAUAUCCGAAUGCCAAUAUUGUACAAACACAAUAUAAGCCUCCCUUAAGACCAACUAUAGGUAGUACUACAACAGAGAGUGGUUUGUCCCUUUCGUUUACUGGACUCUUGCCAGGAAAUAUCCACAGUAUCAUCUCAAAUUUGUUAUCUAUGACAGACAAUCUACAAGAGCUCUUGAAAAAUAUUCAAGAAAAUGUUAUACCCGAGUCUAAUUUAGAUAAACUUCCUUUUGAGAUUUCUCUUAGGUCUUUAAGUAAAGAGCAACUGCAGGCAAGGUUGACUGCUGCAAAUCUAGUGAAAAGUGGUGUAAACUUGUUUUUACAAGAAAUGGCAAUGAAAACUUCUGCAGCAGGAGUAAAAGCUAUGAAUCUUAGCCAACAAGGAUCUCAGCCCAAAAUGACCUCUUUGCUAGCUGGAAAGCCUUUGGACAGAAAUGGUGGUGCUAUGACGAUAGAUACUCCUCAAAAAUUUGAUAAACCGGGUGGUGCCAACUCUCCUUUAGUGACAAGUACUCCAAAACCCAAGUCCGCUGAGGAUGAUUCUGAGGUUUUAGUGCUCAGUUCAUCUCCCGAGAAGAGUGUUUCUCAAAAAUCUGACAUUUGCUCUGAAUCACAGGAUGAUGGUGAUGACACAAUGGUGAAUGAGAAUGAAAUAGCUGAAAAGGAGCUUUUGAAGGAUGCAGCUGAGGAAUUGGGAAGUGAAGAUGAUGAUUCAGAUAGUCAAAACAAUGUAUCCACAGGAAAGACGGAACUAAAAGGAAAGGGGAAAUUAGUUGUUAAAUUAGUGGACAUAUCAAAUUCUACAGAGAAAGACCAAGAAAAGGCAUCAAGUGUAACCUCAACCACAAAUGAAGACAGUGAUAAUUCACGGAAAAGAACCAGAAAUAAAACAAGAGAUGAAACAAAUGAGAAAGACAAGGAAUGCAAACCAGUGAGGAAAACUAGAAGUCAGUCCCAGGAUAAUGAUAGUGAUUCAGACCAAAGCCAAUCCAGAAGUCAAGGGUCUGACAGAGUAGCACAGAAAGGAAACAAAUCCAAUACAACCAGUCAAAAUGACAAAAAAGCCUCUAAAACAAACAGCAAGGGAAAGUCUGAAAGCAAAGGAAAACCUAAAGAAAGUGAUGAUAUGGAAGAGGAUAGUAGUGAAAAAGAGGGAAAGUCCAGCAAAAACUUUGCUGAUAAAAAGAUUGAGAAGGCAGCCAAAAAAUUAGAGAAGAAUGAAAAUAUAAAGACUAGUGUAAAUACUAAGUCAGCGGAUGAUGAUUCAAGUCAUUCAACAGAGGAUAGUGAUAGUGAUGACCCAAAGGAAGAGAUUGAUGAUGAAACUGAUACUACUGAGGAUGAAGACUUUGAAGAGUCAAAGUCCCGACGAUCUUCAAAAAGAAAGUCAGUUUCCAAGAAAAAAGAAACCGAAAAGAAGAAAAGGGAUGAUGAAUCCUCUGACUUUGAUUCAGACCUGGAGAAAGACAUUGACAAAUUAUCCAAGACUCCUGUUAAGUCUUCAAAGUCAAGAUCAACCAGAAGCAGUGCCAAAAUAAACAAUUCCUCAAAGAAAUCAGAAACAUCUGGUAAAAAGGAGAAAUCUGGCAAAAAGAAGGCUGCAUCUGGAGAAGAGAGUCCUUCAGAUGAUUCUACAGAGGAAGAUUCAGACAACACAGAAGUCGAGGACCCAGAGGGGGAAAUUGAUAUGGAUUGCUCAGAAAAUGCGAAAGCUAAAAAGGAGUUGCUAAAGGAAAUGGAAGAAGAAAUGAGUGGCGAGGAAGAAGAUGUCCAAGACAGCAGUGACUCAGAGGUCGUAAUUUCACCAAAAAAGAAGAAAAUUGCUGCCAAAAAAUCAAAAGGAAAACUGUCCAUUGACUCUGAUAGUGUAACAGAGGAAGAUGUGCCUAAAAGGAAGAAGAAGCGAGAUGAGUUGUUGGAUGCCUCACUCUCAAGCAGUGACUCUGAUGUUCUGCCUAAAAUCAAGCGCCAAAAGAGAAAAGCAAAAUCAUCUAGCAGUAAUGAGGACAGUGAAAGCAACAGUGAGGAAGAAUUCAUCAAACUUGGGAAGAAAAAGUUGAAAGGUAAAGGUGGUAAAAAGAAGGCGGGGACAGGGAAGGCCAGAAAGAGGAGGAGAAUAAAAGCUCCCAGCAGCUCAGACGAUGAGGAGGUCAGUAAGGAUGAAGACGAUGAGGAUGGAAGUGGAUCUUCAGAUGAUGGUGAUCCAGAUACACCAAAAAGACUCAAACGAAAGAAAAUUAGGAAAAUCAAAUCUGAAAAGAAGCUUACCUCUCAGACCAAAUCAGCUGUGAAGGCAGAGGAGGAGAGAAGGAAAAGGAUUGCUGAAAAGCAGAAAAUAUUCAAUGGCAUCGUGCAAGAAGUGGAUGAGUCCUCCCCUACAAAGUGCCCCAUAACAAAACAGCUGGUUCUGGAUUUUGAAGAAGAGACUAAAAAGCCAAUCAUAGAAGUAGAUAAAGGACUGGUUGUCAAGUUAAAACCCCAUCAAGUUGAAGCUGUUCAAUUUGUCUGGGAUUGCACAUUUGAGUCUGUCAAAAGGUCCAAGACAGAAGAAGGAUCUGGCUGCAUUUUAGCCCACUGUAUGGGUCUUGGAAAAACUUUGUCACUGAUAGCAUUUAUCCAUACUGUGCUUGUCAACAGUAAGAAGACUAAAGUUCACACUUGUAUGGUAGUUUCUCCUCUCAACACCAUUCUGAACUGGCAGUAUGAGUUUGAAAUGUGGCAAGAAUUCACCAAAAAGGAGGUUGAUGUGUACGAGUUAUCCUCAGUGAAACAGAAUGCUGAUAGAGCAGCAGUGCUGAAAAACUGGCAUAGUAAUGGAGGGGUGAUGAUUAUAGGCUACGACAUGUUCAGGAAUCUUACCCAGGGCAGCCACUGCAAGAAUAAAAACCAGAAGAAGAUAUUUUCAGAAAGCCUUGUGGAUCCAGGUCCUGACAUAAUAGUAUGUGAUGAGGGCCAUAUUCUGAAGAAUGACCAAUCAGCCAUCUCCAAGGCUAUGAACAAGAUCAAGUCCUUCCGCAGAGUGGUACUCACUGGAACUCCAUUACAAAACAACCUCAUGGAAUAUCAUUGUAUGGUGAGUUUUGUGAAACCCAAUUUGUUGGGAACUAGCAAGGAGUUUCGUAACAGAUUUGUUAAUCCAAUAACCAAUGGCCAGUGUGCAGAUUCCACAGCCCACGAUGUGAAAAUUAUGAAAAGACGUGCACAUAUAUUGCACGAAAAACUCAAUGGUUGUGUGCAGAGGAAAGACUACAGCUCACUAACCAAGUAUUUACCUCCAAAACAUGAGUAUGUUAUUGCUGUCCGCUUAUCACCAAUGCAGAUGAGUUUGUAUGAGAAAUACUUGAGUCUAGCAGGCUUUGGAACAGAUGCUGCCCCAAGGGCCAAUCGAGGAGCCAGGCUCUUUGCAGAUUAUCAAGCCUUGAUGCGAAUCUGGACACAUCCAUGGGUCAUGAAGAUGGAUGAAAUCCGACAAGCUGAUAAGAGGGCAAUCAAUGAUGAGUCCGAUUUUUUAGAUGACUCGGCAGGUUCUGAUUUGGAGGACGACAAGUCUGAUUCUAGUUCUGAUUCAUCAAGUCCCUCAGAGGUAUCAGCAGUGUCCGACUUGUCUGGAGACGACAGGAAAACUCGCAGUAAAAAGAAGAAGAAAGAGGGUGAUUCUGAUGACAGUGACUCAGACAGUGGUAAACAGAAAAAGGGUGAAGUUGUGAAAAAGUGGAUCACAAGACGACGAGCAGGACAAAUAAGUGAGUCAGAUGAAGACGUUGGUCCCCAGCCUGUGUCCAGCGAGUGGUGGGCUGAGUACGUCAAACCAGAGGAUGAGGAGAAAAUAGAACUCAGUGGGAAACUGGUGCUGUUGUUUGAGAUUCUCAGGAUGAGUGAAGAAAUAGGAGACAAAGUGUUAGUUUUCAGUCAAAGUUUGUUAUCACUGGAUUUGAUCGAAAGAUUUUUGGAUAGAGUUGAUAAAAAGCAUCAAGAAGAUUUGGACAAAGAGAAAGAAAAGAAGAGUGAUGAGAAGGAAGGAGAUGAUGAGAAAUCUGACGAGAAGAAAGAGGGUCUGAAUGAGGAGGGCGAAUCGUUUGGAAAACACUGGACGUUGGGAGAGGAUUACUUCAGAAUGGAUGGAUCUCACAGUGCUCAAGCCAGGAAGGACAUGGCUACUAAGUUCAACGACCCUGACAAUUACCAAUGUAGACUUUUCCUGAUUUCAACAAAAGCAGGGGGACUAGGAAUCAAUCUGGUGGCAGCUAACCGUGUCAUCAUAUUUGAUGCAUCGUGGAACCCUUCUCAUGAUGUUCAGUCCAUAUUCCGAGUGUACAGAUUUGGACAGGAAAAACCAGUUUAUGUCUACAGAUUUCUUGCUCAGGGAACCAUGGAAGAAAAGAUCUACGAGCGACAGGUAACCAAGCAGUCACUGUCCCAGAGAGUGGUUGACGAACACCAGAUAGACAGGCACUUCAAUGCCAAUGAACUUCAAGAGUUAUACAACUUCAAACCUGAUAGACUCGAUGACCCAAAUAGAGUCGAAAAGACACCUAUGCUACCAAAGGACUUUAUGCUUGCUGAGCUUAUGAAGUCACAGAAAGACUGGUUUGUCAAUUACCAUGAGCAUGACUCACUGCUGGAGAAUAAGAUCGGGGAAGAAUUGGACGAGGAGGAAAGGAAGGCAGCUUGGGAGGAAUUUGAAAAUGAAAGGAAAGGUGUUAUACAGAUGAGGCAGAACUUUAUGGCAAACAUGCCUAACAUGGGAUUCAACAACAUGCUCCAGCAAAUGCAGCAACAGCAACAAAUGGGAAUGCCAUAUAUGUACAACCAAGGGUAUAAUCUCCAGUCAUUUUCACAACAGCACCUUUUACAGUUGGUUCAGGACAUGAAACAGAGGUAUCCUCACUUGCCCCAGGAACAACUAACACAGCAAGUACAGGCAGUCAUCCGUCAAAUGAUUUCUCGACAAAUUGCAGCACAACAAGAAGCACAGAAAAGACAGAUUGAACAGAAAGAGCUCCAUCACCAGCGAGAGCUUCAGAGAAUCCAGGACCAGAUCCGACAGCAGCAGAUGCAGUUGAUGCAGGCAGCCAUGUCUGGUGCCAGCCCUGGGACCUCGGGGUUCCAAGGGGGUGCCUCUGCUAUGCAGUCAUUGAUGAACAAGCAGGGCAAUGAGGCAUUAAUGCAGCAGUUAAGAGGGGCCAAAAAGUGACUGUUAAAAGAAUGCUGGGAAGGACUUUGCAUUUAUUUGAUACAAUGAAUUAACUUUACCUUCAGUACAGUUGUGAUGUACAUAUACCGGUACUUGUAUGUGUCACACAUAUAACAACCACAAAUAUACUGUACAAUGUGCCACAGUGACUGUUGUUUAUUUUUGUAUGAUUGCAAACUGAUUUGGAUGAAUUUUAAUGUCUUACAUUGUAUGUGUGAUGUUGAACAUUUCUGCAGUAUUUAAUAUCAUUAAUUAAAUGUUUGUGUACUGUAGCUUUUUAAUUGCUCUUGAGAAAAAUCAUCUUUUUGAAGAAUAGUGAAUUUUAAAAAUGAUUAUAUUUGGCCUAAAGCAAAAUGAUAUCAAUUAUUUUUUAUUGUUUACAAUUUCUCUAGAAACUUUGAAAAAUAUCAAUAAAAUGCAAGAUUAAUUAAAAUCCAUAGAUAUUUACUGUGCACUGUAUAUCAGCUUAAUAAUGUAUACAGUUUUCAUUUUGUGGAAAUCAAGUUUUCAAAGUAGCAGUUAUUAAGCAAUUAAGUGAAAAAUAAUGUGUCAAGUUGGCAUAAGUUGAUGGUUCAUUUACAACUAUAUUUUUAACAAGUAGACUGACAUUCAUGUAAAGAGAGGAUCUUUGAUGAAUAUUUUGCAGAAUUUAGUCAUUUUAUUGGGUAAUAUUUGUGGGCUUGUAGUAUAGCUUUUUCUUUUAUUUUAUAUAAUGUUAUAAUUUAUAACAAUUGAUUUUAGUGGUCCUAUUUAUUUGCUAUAUGAAAACCAGUUUUAGAUUGGAGAAGUUCUCUCCCCUUUUCUCUUGUUUUUGAGAUCUCAAAUUUGAAGAUAUUGAGUACAUUACAGAUCUUCUGAUCUGCAGAGAAACAAUUCAAUUGGAGUUAGCAUGUUCAAUCAAUUAUUGACUUCAGUAUAGGUAGUGGUCUACCUUAGUUCAUAGGGAAACAUUGUUUCGGAAUGACAAUAUAAUUUUUCAUAUUGUCAGGUACAGUCAGUGGAAAUUAUCUGAAACUAGUCUAUUUUGCAACUGAAUUAAUUUUGAAAUGGUUCAGUUUGCAAUUCAUUGUAAAAGUCUUGAUGUUUAAUGUGAAAUAAAACAUUGAAGAGAAA